CCGGUGAUUUGCCCGUCAUCCGAAAUGCACAACGGAUCCAGUGCAACGCCACCAAAUAACAAUCGCUAUUAAAUUAAAAAAACUCUACCACCGUCAAACAACGAACUUGACGGGUUAUAAUUUCUGUUUUUUUUUAUUAUCGGAAAACGUUUUUUUGUUUUGUUUUACCCAUUCGUUUCGAUUUGUCGUCUACCGUGAUUUGAGGGAGCCGUUAACGAAUUAUCGAAUUAUGUUCAACAAGAAAUUCCCUUCGGCCCUCAGCAUCAACUCGGAGGGUAACACCUCUUCAUUUCUGAGAGCAGCUCGUUCCGGAAAUCUUGACAAAGUAAUCGAACAUCUAAAAAACAAAAUUGAUAUAAACACAGCGAACUCUAAUGGCUUAAACGCUUUGCAUCUAGCUUCAAAGGAUGGUCACAUAGAUAUUGUCAGAGAACUGUUGAAGAGAGGCGCCAACGUAAACUCGGCAACAAAAAAAGGCAACACCGCGCUUCAUAUCGCUUCUUUAGCCGGUCAAUACGACGUGGUAGUUAUUCUCGUAGAACAUGGAGCGAUGGUCAAUGUGCAAAGCCAAAACGGUUUCACCCCGUUGUACAUGGCCGCACAGGAAAACCAUGACAGAGUUGUCAAGUAUUUAUUAGCAAAUGGCGCCAACCAAAAUUUAGCGACUGAGGAUGGAUUUACUCCAUGUGCUGUUGCAAUGCAACAAGGCCACGAAAAGGUGGUAACGGUGCUUUUGGAAAAUGACACGAAGGGUAAAGUACGCUUGCCCGCGUUGCACAUUGCGGCAAAAAAAGACGACUGCAAAGCUGCUGACUUACUCUUACAGAACGAUCACAACCCAGACGUGACAUCUAAGAGUGGAUUUACUCCACUACACAUUGCUUCACAUUACGGAAACGACGGUAUCGCGAAACUGCUCCUCGCUAAAGGAGCCGAUGUUAACUACUCUGCAAAACAUAACAUAACACCGUUACACGUAGCAGCCAAAUGGGGUAAGGGCAAUAUGGUAUCUUUGUUGUUGGAGAGCGGAGCCAACAUCGAGGCGAAGACAAGAGACGGACUCACUGCUUUGCAUUGUGCCGCUAGAUCCGGGCACGAUCAAGUCAUCGACAUGUUGUUGCAGAGAAACGCUCCGAUAAGCUCCAAAACCAAGAACGGUUUGGCAGGACUGCACAUGGCUGCUCAAGGUGACCACGUGGAAGCAGCCAAGGUUUUGUUGACCAAUAAUGCCCCGGUAGACGACGUGACUGUAGACUAUCUAACUGGUCUUCAUGUGGCCGCUCACUGUGGCCAUAUUCGUGUUGCCAAGCUUCUGUUGGAGAAACAUGCGGAUCCAGACGCUAGGGCUCUUAACGGAUUUACGCCAUUACACAUUGCGUGCAAGAAGAAUCGUAUUAAAGUGGUAGAACUACUUCUCAAGUACAAAGCUAGUCUGGAAGCCACUACAGAGUCUGGCCUUACACCGUUGCACGUCGCUAGCUUCAUGGGCUGCAUGAGUAUUGUUAUAUUCUUGUUGCAACACGAAGCCAAUCCGGAUCUACCGACGGUAAGAGGAGAAACGCCUCUGCAUCUAGCCGCUCGAGCUAAUCAAACGGAUAUAAUACGUAUAUUGCUACGCAAUGGAGCCCAAGUGGACGCCAAAGCUAGAGAAAAGCAAACACCAUUGCAUAUUGCAUCCAGAUUGGGUAAUGUUGAUAUCGUGAUGUUGUUAUUGGCACACGGAGCGGCGGUCGAUUCGACUACAAAAGACUUGUACACAGCUCUUCAUAUUGCAUCUAAAGAAGGCCAGGAGGAGGUUGCAUCAGUGUUGUUGGAGAAUGAAGCCUCAGUGACGGCAACAACUAAAAAAGGUUUUACCCCAUUACACUUGUCAUCGAAGUACGGAAACAUUAAAGUGACAAAGUUAUUAUUGCAAAAAGACGCUCCUGUCGAUGCACAAGGAAAGAAUGGUGUUACUCCAUUGCAUGUAGCAAGCCAUUACGAUAACCAAGCUGUUGCAUUAAUGUUACUCGAUAAACAUGCUUCGCCUCAUGCCACAGCUAAGAACGGGCACACUCCUCUUCACAUAGCUGCAAAGAAGAACCAAAUGGACAUUGCAAAUACGUUAUUAGAUUACGGAGCAAAAACCAAUACAGAAUCCAAAGCCGGCUUUACUCCUCUUCAUUUAAGUGCUCAGGAAGGCAAUGUCGAGAUGUCUACAUUGCUCCUGAACCACAAUGCAGAUCCUAAUUUCCAGUCAAAGAACGGCUUGACACCAAUGCAUUUGUGCGCCCAAGAAGAUAAGCAUAAAGUGGCAGUUGUAUUGGAUAAUUACCAUGCAGAUAUUAACACCAAAACUAAGGCCGGAUUUACUCCUCUGCACGUGGCUUGCCAUUUUGGUCAGUUAAACAUGGUUCGUUUUCUAACAUCUCGUCAAGGAAUUAACAUUAAUGCAACUACUGCUUCUGGAUACACUCCUCUUCAUCAAGCGGCUCAGCAAGGCCAUUCCACGAUUGUCAGUCAUUUGUUGGACAAAGGAGCAGAUCCGAAUAUAUUAAAUAGCCAAGGACAAACGGCUUUAUCUAUUUCACAAAAACUGGGGUACAUCAGUGUCGUCGAAGCGUUGAAAAAUGUCACAAAAGCUACACCUACAUCCACGUCUGACGAAAAAUAUAAAGUAAUUGCACCGGAAACCAUGCAAGAGACUUUUAUGUCAGACUCUGAAGAUGAAGGUGACGUUUUGCAAAGUGGAAGUGUCGAGUACGGUCUCAACGUUAUUGUUCGGCCGAUAGAAAAUGUAACCGCGUCGUCACGAGAGGAAACCAUGGUAAAUGAACAGUCGUACAGAUAUUUGACAGGCGAAGAAAUGAAAGGUUUCGGCGACGAGUCGGCUCCCAUUGACGUCACCAGGGAUGAACGAUGCGAUGUCAACGCCGCGCCUCCCUCGGCCAUCGAUGAUGUAAUCAGCCCGCAAACAGUAUACGACCAAUACAGCGGUCCCGUCGACAACAUUGACAUUGUUAAAUAUCCGCCCCACGUUGGUCGUUUGCAAUGGAAAACAUUUUUGGUGAGUUUCUUGGUGGACGCCCGUGGAGGUGCAAUGCGCGGAUGUCGCCAUAGCGGAGUCCGAGUGAUAGUGCCACCGCGGAGGGCGUCAAUGCCUACCCGCGUGACUUGCCGCUACUUGAGACGGGAAAAACUCAUACACCCUCCGCCGUUGAUGGAAGGGGAAUCAUUGGCCAGUAGGAUAUUAGAACUUGGACCGGUUGGAGCGAAAUUCUUGGGGCCCGUUAUGAUCGAAGUGCCCAACUUUGGGUCGUUGCGAGGUUCGGAGAGGGAAAUCGUAGUACUCAGAUCCGACAACGGGGAGACGUGGAAGGAGCACACGGUCGAAGUGACUGACGAGGUGGUGAAGGACAUAAUCGGAUCGAAUUUCGACAAAGAAGAUCGCGACCCAUGGCAUUCCGGCAACCGGUUGACGCGCAUCGUGACCACGGAAUUCCCACAUUACUUUGCCAUCGUGUCCCGGGUCAAACAGGAAGUGCACGCAAUCGGACCGGAGGGCGGUAUGGUAUCUUCGACGGUGGUGCCUCAGGUGCAGGCGGCGUUCCCGCAGGGGGCUCUCACCAAGCGCAUCAAAGUCGGCCUACAGGUAAACUUGUUUAAACCGCGGCGAAACGUGGCCAGCACGUGCCUAAAGAAAAUCUCCGUGAACCACGUGCCGAAAAAAAAACGGUUCUCGCUAAUGUGGUAAACGUUAAGUGCGCUCGAGGGCGUUAAACGGCGAUGACGGCCAAUUUGGUCCACAGAAAAUCCUAAAAAUAUGUAUAAACUGACGAUACGCCUUUAACAUACACGCUUUCGACUCAUUUACACUGCGCCAAUAAUAAAAACGUUACAUUUUGUUUACUACCUAUUCUAUCCCAUAAUAUAUUACAAUAAUGGUAUAAGGGCGAAAAAAAUACCAAAAUAAUUAUCUAGUCACUAAUCUAUAUCCAAAUUGAAAACGACACUAGUCACACCCGUCACCAGGACGUAAUACCAAACUUAACUUGUAUCAACUAAUAUAAUUUAAUCGAAUUAUUAGUUUAUAUUGAUUACCUAAUGUAUUAUUUUUUUAUUAUUAUAACAUUAAAAAAAUAUAUAUAUAUUUUUUCAAAAUUAAGCAACAAAAAAAACGUGACAUAUGAAUAUUGUAUGUGUUCAUUGCGUGAUUAAUUUGUUUUUAAGGGAUUUAUUGUUUAGCAUUUUAACAUUAAAAAAAUGAGUCUAGUGAUUUACUUCAAGGUUUGGCAUACAGUCAAAAGCUUAAUUAAUGCGUCUGAUUGAAAUAACAUAUUAUAUUUGUACAGUCAAUGAAACAUCCUUUUUAUGUAUUUGAAAUAAUGUGAAAUCAUAUUAUUUUUAUUCUUAAGACUUAUAUAUGUAUUUAUAUUUUGAAUUUAAACUCAUCGCUUUAUAAUAUCAUUUCCACCAAAUG